ACUUGAGGCCGAGCCCGCGUCGCAGCUGGAUUGCGGGGUUUUCGCCUCUGCAGGGGGCGCUCGACCGGUUCCCGGGUUCCCGCCUCUGACUGAGCGGGGCGGGAGCGGGAGCGGGGGCGGGCCCGGGGCGGGGCCGUCUGGCUUUUGACAGCUGUUUCUCGCACCGCCGCAGCUGAGUUCGGUGGGUUUAGGAACUUGUAGCCUGGCUCUCUCCGCACGUCCCCGUGCCCCCCCUGGCCCCGGCCCCGGCCCCGGCCCCGGCCAUGAAGCGCUUCUUCUCCUGCUCCAGUUCACAAGUGGCGUCUAGCCAGCCUGACAAGCACUGCCAGAGGACGCGUGGUUGCCUGCCAAGGGAUCGGGUGGAGAGAUGGAACCGUCAUGAUCAAAAGCUGCUGGAGGCAGUGCAGCGGGGGGACGUGGGACGUGUGGCUGCCCUGGCCUCUAGGAAAUCUGCCCGACCCACCAAGCUAGACUCACAUGGCCAGUCCCCGUUUCAUCUAGCAGCCUCGAAAGGCCUGACAGAGUGUCUGAGUAUACUUCUUGCAAAUGGGGCUGACAUCAACAGCAUGAAUGAGGAUGGAAGCACUGCCCUGCAUUUGGCCACCAUCUCUUGUCAGCCACAGUGUGUCAAGGUCCUGCUGCAGCACGGUGCUAAUGAAGAUGCUGUGGAUAGAGAAAACCGCACUCCACUGCACUGGGCAGCUUCUUCUGGCUGUGCCUCAAGUGUGCUCCUGCUGUGUGACCAUGAAGCCUUCUUGGAUGUGCUAGAUAAUGAUGGACGUACACCCCUGAUGAUUGCAUCGCUGGGUGGUCAUGCAGCUAUCUGCUCACAGCUCCUGCAGAGAGGUGCCAGGGUUAAUGUCUUGGACAAGGAUAACAAAUCAGCUCUGAUUCUCGCCUGUGAGAAAGGCAGUGCAGAGGUGGCUGAACUACUCCUGAGCCAUGGAGCAGACGCAGGGGCAGUGGACAGAGAGGGUCAUGAUGCUCUGCAUUAUGCUCUGCGUACACGAGACAAAGCACUGUGGAGAUUGCUGCGGCAGGCCCUGAACCGGCGGCAGCGAGGAGGUCAGAGGCUGGUUCAACACCCAGAUCUUGCAUCCCAGGCCUCUCCAUCUGAGCCCCAUGUGAGUUCUCUCCCUAAGAGCCCAUGGAGAGCAGAGCCCGAGGAGGAGCAGGAGGAAGACGAGGAUGAAGACCCAUGCUCAGAAGAGUGGAGGUGCAAGUAUGAAGAAGAGCAGAAGAAAGUCUCUCAGUUGAAACAGGAGCUAGUUCAAAAGACAGAAGAAUGCAAAGCACAGGCUGUGGCCUACGUGGGCCUAGAAAACCAGAUUCGAGAGCAAGUACAGGAGCUAGGGCUCCUUCUAUCCCAAGACCCUAGAGCUCCCGAAGGCCAGGGCUGUAGACUCCGGCCUGUGGGAGAUGGCAUGGAGCAAGGCUGUCCUCUGGAACUGCUAGCUGAGCAUAUACAAGAGCUGAAGAAGCAGCAGCAGUCAGCAGCCAUAGUCAACGAAAAGGCCAAGAAGGUCGAGGAGUCAGCCCCAGGAGAGAUACAGCAUGGAGUUGAUGGAACGUCCCAACCACAAGAACAGGGGCUACUCCAGAGCCCAGGGUCUGAGGCUACCAGAAAGGCUACAGAACAGCAGCUGACAAGUGGAGGACAGACCCUUCUCUCCAGUCAUACUAGUCAGAAAGAGAGACUUCGAGCCUCAGGAGUUGAACCAGUAGGCACAGCAGCCAUGAAUCAGCUCCUGCUACAACUAAGGGAGGAACUAGCUGCAGUGUGGCGAGAAAAGGAUGCUGCUCGAGGGGCUUUGUCAAGAUCAGUCCUAGAGGGAGCCCUGGGGACUCCCCGGGCUGAAGCUGCCGCAGCUGCCUGGGAGAAAAUGGAAGCCCGGUUGGAGCAGGUGCUGGUGAGGCUGGAUCGUGCAAAGGCAGGACUUCAGGCAAAACCUGAGGUCCCCGACCAGGAGUCCAAGGCAGGAGUCCCAAAGACAGCCCUGGGGUGCAUCAAAGAGCAUGAUGAGGAGAAGAGGGCCCCUGGGACCCGAGGAGAACCUCUAGGGGCCCCUGGAGAACAGCUCCCAGGAGGAGGUUUGGCAAAAGGACAGCUAGAGGAGGUGUCAGCAUUGAGACUGAGCAACAAUAACUUGCUGGAGGAACUAGGGGAGCUGGGUCGAGAGCGGCAGCGAUUGCAAGGGGAGCUGCAGUCUCUGAGCCAGCGGCUGCAAAGAGAGUUCGUGCCCAAGCCUGAGGCACAGGUCCAGGUACAGCAGUUGCAGAAGAGUGUGGGGCAGCUGACUGAUGAACUGGCUAUGGAGAAGGAGGCCACUGAGAAGUUGCGCAAGCGCCUGGCUUCCCAGAGCAGUGGCCUCCAGGAGCUGUGGCAUUGCCUUCCCCCAGAUGUGGUGGGAAAAGCCAGUGCCAGGAACACAGCUGCAGAGCCCCUGGAGGAGCUGCACACUUGUAUCAGCAUGCUGGUGGACAGGCACCGUGAGGCCCAGCAGGUGCUGGCCCAGCUGGAACAAGAAAACCAGAGUCUGCGGGCAUCCCUUUCCCUUGGUGGGGAGCCAGGUACCUUUGCAAAGUUCCCAGCCUCCCCGCAAGUUGCAGCCCUGGAGCAAGACUUGGGAAGAUUAGAGGAAGAGCUUCGGGCUGUUCAGGCCACAAUGAGUGGAAAGAGCCAGGAGAUCACCAAGCUGAAGCAGCUGCUCUAUCAAGCCACAGAGGAGGUGGCUGAGCUGAGGGCCCGGGAGGCCGCCAGCCUACGACAGCAUGAGAAAACUCGAGGUUCACUGGUGGCCCAGGCACAGGCGUGGGGCCAGGAGCUAAAGGAUGUGCUGGAAAAGUACAAUACAGCCUGCCGGGAAAUGGGUCGACUUCGGGAGGCUGCAGCUGAGGAGCGGCGCCGUAGUGAGGACCUAGCCACCCUAGCUGCCAAGCAGGAGCGCCAGGCCAGUGAGCUCCGCGGACGCUCUGAGCAGUUUGAAAAAACAGCUGAGCUGCUGAAAGGGAAGACAGAGCAUCUCAUAGAAGCUUGUCGGGACAAGGAGGUCAAGAUCAAGGAGUUGUUGAAGAAGUUGGAACAGCUUUCAGAGGAAGUUCUAUCGGUUCGGGGAGAAAAUACUCGCCUUGCCCUGCAGCUGCAGGAUUCCCAGAAAAACAAGGAAGAGAUCAUCACUACCUAUAGGAAUCAUCUACUGAAUGCUGCUCAGGGCUACAUGGAGCAGGAUGUGUAUAACAUCCUACUUCGAAUCCUCAGCAUGCAGGAGGAGUGAGGCAGCCUUGCUGCGAAUCCUGAGGUAACAAGAAUUCUCUGCUGGAAUAAAGACCAUCCUUGGUUUACAGAGGCUCCAUCAAGCUAUGGUGGAUGGGUGGGUGUGGCCACUAGGGAGUGUGGGUGGGGUUUGAAUCUGACAAACAGACCAAAGAUUUGAGAAUUCGGAAAUCAAGGUGGGUAAGACCAGAGGUGUGGAUGGAAACCAGCUCUAUGGAAAAUAAAGCAGAAAGCAAGAUGG